AUGUUUUCCAUGUUUUCAUACGAGUGCUUUGCUUUGGUUUGUGGGUUUGUGGAAAAUCAUUACGCUUCCAAAUAAUAUCAAAUUAAUAGUUAUUUUGAAAUCCUAUCGAGUUUUAAAGUUUCCACAGUACUUACCAAAGUGGCAGUAUGGGAUGUGAUGGUGGAACUAUUCCUAGGCGAGAUGAAUUAGUGCGAUUGAAGAAGAAACCAGAACAGAAAGAUAAAGAUGCUGAAAGACAGUUCCGCUGGAAGCAUUGUACACUGACUCAAGAACGGCUACAAAAACCUAUCGUAAUGUGUGGCCUUGGUAGGCUUUAUUCAAAGCAAAAUAUCAUCGAAGCCCUGCUAGAGAAAGAUCGGAUGCCAGAAUCAUGCAGUCACAUCAAAUCGUUAAAGGACAUCAAGGACCUGAAUUUGACGGCUAAUCCUGCUUACGAAGCAAGUCAUGAUGACAAAAGUGCUGAAUUCAUUUGUGCCCUAAUAGGACUGGAAAUGAGCGGCCAAUUCCGUUUUGCUGCUCUGUGGAGCUGCGGUUGUGUUUUUUCGGAACGCGCAUUGAAGGAAGUCAAGGACAAAACUUGUUCUGUGUGUCAGGUUCCUUUCACAGAGCAAGAUAUUGUUAUAUUGAAUGGAACAGACGAGGAUGUAGAUUUGAUGCGUACCCGCAUGGAAGCUCGAGUGGCACGUCUCAAAGCGGAGAAGAAAGCCAAGGCGGACAAAAAAGCGAAAGUCAAAGAGAGCCUCCCGGCGACACAAACAUCCGGUUCAUUAAAUAAAGAUGCCAACGAUGCUGGUCCAUCCAAACCCACUACCAGUGGAAAACCCGGAAACGUCAUCAGCAAGCUUAGUUCAACCAACAAGCGAGCAUUAAUAAGCGAUAAAAUUGGUGAUGAUCCUUUGUUCAAAAAAUCCAAACAAGAUUAUAGUGUAGCGAAGGAUCCCAAUGCAACGGCAGUAUACAAAUCACUUUUUACUACACAUGAAAGCGAGCAGGAUCAAAAACGAGCUCAUUGGGUUACUUAUAAUCCAUUCUAUAACUAGAACUUUUGUACUUAUUCACAAUAGUAACUCACUUUUCUGAUUGGAUAUGUAGUUUUAUGACCAUUGUUGUUUGAAGUAAUGGAAAACCUGAAAUAAAAUUCAACCUCAUAAAGUUGGAAUCUAAGGAAUAAUAAAUAAAAUCUGGAAUAAGAAA